AGCAGCAGCAAAGCAACAGGAGGCGGCGGCCGGGCAGGACUUGGGGCAGGCGCUCGGAGCUGCCCUGCGCGGCUCCCAUUCAUAAGUCCCCAGCUGCAGGGAAGGGGCCGAACCCAGCGGUGCUCCACUCGCGCCCCGCGAACACAACUCUGCACAAGUUUGUGGCUCGGGCUCGCGCUCUCCUCCCCGUGGACUUCUGAAGGCUUUGGAGAGAGAGUUCGGCAGAGGCGCCCGGAGGAGCACAGACCCGGUCCGCAGCCGCACGCAGGCAGCCGGGGCUGCAUCCACCGCCGCGCCGCGAGCCAGGGCCCAGCCGCUACCCUUCGGCCGGGAGGCGACCCGCGCCCGGGUGUGCGGCUGCUGUCGCGGGACGUCUUCGCGGGAUCGGAGGCUCGCUCCGCAGCCAGCGCCAUGCAAAACUACAAGUACGACAAGGCGAUCGUGCCGGAGAGCAAGAACGGCGGCACCCCUGCGCUCGGCAGCGACCCGCGCAAGAGCGGCAGCAAGCGGGCGCUGCUCGUCUGCCUGGACCUCUUCUGCCUCUUCAUGGCGGGCUUGCCCUUCCUCAUCAUCGAGACCAGCACCAUCAAGCCUUACCACCGAGGGUUCUACUGCGAUGACGAGAGCAUCAAGUACCCCGUGAAAACUGGCGAGACGAUCAAUGAUGCAGUCCUCAGCGCUGUGGGGAUCGUCAUUGCCAUUCUUGCGAUCAUCACAGGGGAAUUCUACCGGAUCUAUUACCUAAAGGAGAAGUCUCGGUCAACCAUUCAGAAUCCCUACGUGGCAGCCCUCUAUAAGCAAGUGGGCUGCUUCCUCUUUGGCUGUGCCAUCAGCCAGUCCUUCACAGACAUUGCCAAAGUGUCCAUAGGGCGCCUGCGUCCUCACUUCCUAAGUGUCUGCAACCCUGACUUCAGCCAGAUCAAUUGCUCUGAGGGCUAUAUUCAGAACUACAGGUGCAGAGGCGAUGACAGCAAAGUCCAGGAAGCCAGGAAAUCCUUCUUCUCUGGCCACGCCUCUUUCUCCAUGUACACUAUGCUGUAUUUGGUGCUGUACCUGCAGGCCCGCUUCACGUGGCGAGGAGCCCGUCUGCUGCGGCCCCUGCUGCAGUUCACCUUGCUCAUGAUGGCCUUCUACACGGGCCUGUCUCGCGUAUCUGACCACAAGCAUCAUCCUGGUGAUGUCCUGGCGGGAUUUGCUCAAGGCGCCCUGGUGGCCUGCUGCAUAGUUUUCUUCGUGUCCGACCUCUUCAAGACCAAGACGUUGUCCCUGCCUCCUGCCACCAUCAGGAAGGAGAUCCUGUCCCCUGUUGAUAUUAUUGACAGGAACAAUCACCACAACAUGGUGUAGGUGCUGCCACCUCCUAAGCUGUUUUUGUAAAAUGACUGCUGCCAGCAAGUUCUUGCUGCUCUCCGAUCUCAUCAGACAGUAGAAUGUAGGGAAAAAAACUUUUUGCCCAACUUGAUUUUUAAAAAGAAAAACAGAAACAAAAACAAAAAAUCUUAUUUGUGGCCUUCAAAAUAGGUAGUGUUCACCUAUGAGGAAACAGCAGCAAACUAACCCCAAGUGCCAGCAUCCUGGAUGUGCAAUUGGCUUAAGUGUUCAUGUUCUAGUGAACACGAGCUAGUUCAGGAACAAACACGAAAACAGUUCGAGCAGAGUCUGUCGGUGACCUUUGGUGACCCCAGAGAUCCCAGGCCUGUGUCUACAGUGAGAGUGCACACCACAGUACACACACCAGAGAGAGCACUGAAUCAAGAAGACAGCCUUUGAGGGGUCUCCCCUCAUGCAUCUCUAUGUCCACCCCACUCUUCUCCACUGUGACUUUGAUUCAGGAUGCUUUGUUUGUCUGUGUGUGUGUGUAUGUUUUUAAGCAUAAAAUAAGAGCACAUUUGCUCAGUCAAGUGAUCAGAUCUCCAAUUUAGACUCUGAGUCCUAAGGCCUUCUUAUACCCCAACCCCUACCCACAGGCCAGCAAGCACAGUCCCCGAGCUAGAGGUUAGGAGACUCUUUGUGGAUGAAUAGAUUUUGCAAAUAGCACAAUUUCUGAAGAAACCGAGGCCGUGGGCCCUCCUUUGUCUCCUUUUGACGCAUCAUCCCGUGCUGUUGAAAUGUUGACUGCAGGAUGCUGAUGUUGCACGUCAGUCGCCAGGCACUUGCACAUUUUUAGAACCGGUUAGACUUCGUGUCACUGCUUCUCCCUCAAAAUUCUUGCUGUUUGCCUACCAUGGUUUCCUGGAUGAGCAAAGGCAUGUGCCGCCACCGGCUGAUGGAACGCAGCCUGCAGUACCACGGAAGGGGGAAGGAAAGGGGCAGAAUGGAAAACAAACCGACUUUGCGGCUGCUUAGAGUCAGAAGGAGCCAGGCUAGCUGACAGUCUCGUGCCUGAGAGGCUGCCCUGCAAGGGAUGGGAGCUGACAAGGAACUGGUGGGAGUUGUUCCUGCUAAGCUGUGUAAAGCACUGUUGUCUCCGGGUUGAGCCCUGAGGCAGUUCUUGGUGGGUUCUGCUGGGCAGAACACAUGGGUUAAACCUCCGCAGAGACUUUUCCUCAUUCUCUACCCGUAAGUGCCCUUCCGAGCAAGGUCUCACCCAGAUGGUAGAUGGGGACCCCUUCUACUGAACUGUUGAGGGAAGGAAAAAGGAAGAAAUGCCUUUAGAUCUCGGAUGCAAACCUUUCAAAGGGCUACACUUAACCACAUGGAUCAACCACAUGCACAUCCUUACUCCAGAAUCCUCCGUCCUUUCAUUUCAACUUUAGCAAGCUAUGAUUUUUAUAUAUAAAUAUUAUAUAAAUAAUGUAUAAAACAUUAAAAGUUAACUAUGUAAAAUAUUAUUUCUGAAACAAUUUUAGCUAUAUCCACUAUGAUUAUAAACUGUGUUUCGACCUGUGUUAUUUACAUUAGCUGCUUAAAAAAGCAUUGAGUUAAUUUUUUUCUCUAAUAUCAACUAAAAUGUAGUUCUGUGGUAGACAUUGUUUUACAAUGAAAGGAAUAACUACAACUAGAGAAAACUGUAUAAAAACAUUAAAUUGUCAGUAUUUUUGUAAGGUUGCAUUUUGUAAAGAGAAUAAUAUUCAAAGACUUUUGUAGCAUACAAAGUGAAAACUUGUAUCUGCGAAACUAUACUUGUAUUAAAUGUGCUUUUUAAAUAAAAGCUCAUAACACAAC